AUGGCCAAAGUACCUCGCAACUUUAGACUUCUUGAGGAACUCGAAAAAGGUGAAAAGGGAAUUGGUGACGGAACUUGCAGCUAUGGUCUUUCUAACGGAGAUGACAUAUAUAUGAGCGAUUGGAAUGGAACCAUCAUAGGACCGGGUCAUACUAUUCAUGAGAAUCGGAUUUAUAGUUUAAAACUUCAUUGUGAUGAUAAUUACCCUGAUUCGCCACCAUCCGUUCAUUUUAUUUCCAGGAUCAAUUUGCCGUGUGUUAAUCAACAAACGGGCAAAGUUGAACCCACUAAGCUAAGCUGUCUCGCCAAUUGGAAAAGAAAUUAUACCCUAGAAACAGUAUUAACAGAUUUACGACGCGAAAUGGCCAAUCCUCAUAACAAGAAAUUACCUCAACCACCUGAAGGUUCUUCUUUCUAA